AGGAAGUGGGAGCUGUAUGGCUGCAUCAGCGUCAACAUAUCUGCUACGCCAGGUUUCGUCACCAGAAAACAGCAAGGAUCGUUACGCAAGAGAUUAAAAACAAUCAGCAAUAGCAUCGUUUCCUCCUUCACCAGACGUGCAUCCAUAGAUUAAGCCAAGGCAGUUCUACCUUCCCCUGGCAUAGGCAUUUAAAAGCUCCAGCAGAGAGGAGACACACUCCCAGGCAUGACCUGAGAGAGUCAAGCAGCCAUCGUACCCUCUCCAUCAACAUGGGCAACCAGGAGGCUAAACAAAAGAAAGCUGCAGCAGUAUCGGGUAAUGGAAGCUACCCUUCACUGGAUGAAGGAUGGAGAGAUGGAGGAGGGGACAUGACAAAAAAGGGAGGCAAAAAACUUCACAGUAAACAUGGAGGUAAAGGAGCAGUCAGCAGUACAGGAGGAGGGGGGGUGCAUGGAACUGGACCAGGCAAGAAGAAAAACAAAUCUGAGUCUAAGUCUUCUGUUUUCUCCAUCCGGAAGAAAAAGGGCAACCUGAAAGGUAAAGGAGAUGUGUGUUUGUCAGUAACAGGCUCAAAGGAGGACGUUCUAGCAUCUCAAAAUGAUGAUGUGGAUAGCACAAAAACACCCGAUAUGUCUUCAGAUGAACUUGGACACUCAGACACUGAGGCAGCUUUCCCUGAGAAGAAAAAGAAACUUGAGCAAGGGGAAAAGAAUGGAGAAGUCAGUGGAGGAGCACAGAAGCAAGGAACUCAGCCAAACGUCUCAACAGCAGCAACCUCUCCUACCGAGAAUGGAGGGCAGAAGGGAGCAAGCUCGGGGUCAGACACAGAUAUUUACAGCUUCCAUUCAGCAGCUGACCAUGAGGAUUUGCUAGCGGAUAUCCAGCUUGCCAUAAGGCUGCAGCAUGCGAGGGUUAACUCUAUUUUGGAAGCAGAGGGAGGAGAAGAAAGUUGGGUAGGAGGAGAGGAGAAGAGGGAACAGGAUAAUGGAGUCAUUAAAUUAAGUCCUUCUGAAGUGCUUGACCUGACUCCAGAAUUAGAACUGGGGUCUGAUGCCCUGUCAUUCCUAGAGACUGGAAAGCUGCCUGACUCUGUCAUGCACACAGACCAGUCUCCAACACCACACUCCCCUUUCCACACAGAGGUACACAACAGGAAGGAGGAGAAGGAAGAGGAGGAGAUACAGAAUCUGAAGCUAAAUGGGAAGGAACAGAGGGAGGGAGAGAGAGAAGCCUUUCUUUGUGUUGCCACAAGCACAAAGGACCAGCAUGCUUGGGUGCAGCACCCCCCUCACUCUGCCAUCACCAUGGUUACUGCAGAGGGGGCAGCAGUUAGUCAUGUUACCAUGACAACCAGUGGUAACAGCUCCCCUCAUCACACAUUUGCAAAUGCUGAAAUCCCAGGGGAGGAAGAUGAAGCAGGAGGUAAGUCCCCACAAGGGGAGGAGAAGAAACCUGUGGUGGAUGUGGAUCUCAGCCCUCCACCUGCAGAUAGAAGUCCUGAAGCCACUGAGGGGCUGAGCUCAGGGACUGUGUUUGAGGAAGGUGAGGGUCAGUUGGGCUUGGGUACUAGUGCUGAAUCCCUUGAGGACUGCCUGAAUUCUGGCUCUGAACUUGGCCACUCUGCUGCUGCCAGGGCCAGUGCAUCCACCUCCAACCAGCAGUGCAGCAUGAGCAGCAUCUGCUUCACCACUCUGCCUUCCCAGGAGAGCCCCACAUUGGCCAAAAGACUCCUCAGGUCCACCCAUUCCUCUAACUCCUCUUGUCCGGUGGUGAAACCCUACCCUCCUAUAUUCCCUUCUUACAUCAAGACCACCACCAGACAGCUCAGCUCCCCAGGACACUCCCCAGCCCUUUCCCCUUCCCACAGUCCCCUGUCCCCACGCAGAGUCCACCUUCAUCUCCACAGGACCAUGGCUGAGGGUCCCCUGGUCCGUAGGCAACGCUCUCGAAGCCUCGCUGGGCCUCUGAGUCGCUCAGCUGACUGGACAGAGGAGCUUGAGAGGAGGCAGAGAUGCAGAGAGGAGGAUGGUGGAGACUCUGGAGAUUCAAGAGAAUACCUGGCAGGCUACAGAGGAGGAGGCAGUCAACCCAUAUGUUCAACCAGAAGAUCUUCCUGUGGACAGGUUUCUACUUGCAGUUUCCAGGACGUCUUUACAGGUCGAACCCUCCUGGAGAAACUGUUCCUGCAGCAGCAGCAGCAAGAGGACGAGGAGCCUGAGGAGGCUGAGAGGUUCUGCUCCAGGAUCUUGGCCAUGGGCCUCCUGCUGCCAUUCACUGACUGCUUCAGAGAGCAGCUGUGUGGUAGCACUGCCCAGAUCACCUCUACAGCAUCAAAGUUUGAUCAUGACCAGCUAUAUACAUGGGCAGCAGUUAACCAGCCACCACACUCCCUGGAUCCUCUGGAUGAGAAGCUACCAUGGCAGACCAAGGGUUCCUGCCCCACAGCCAGGCCUGGAUCUGAUAACAGGACUGGACACAAAGCCAUAGAGGCUGAACACCAUGCAUCCCUCUUGAGUUUGAGGCAGCAAAAGGAGAGCCAGGAAUGUCAGGAGGAAUGUGUCCUUUCAGCAAAACUGAAGGAAAAACACAUUAAUGUCAUCCAACAGCUGGAAAAAACCAUAGAGGACCUCAGGAAUAAGAUUGCUGAGCUGGAGCGACAGCCCCCUCUGCUGGACAGAGACAGUAUGAAACCCAUCACUUCCACCACAGAUAGGGAGUGUGGAGGAGAGGAGGGCCUGCUGAGGACGUUGUGUGAUGCCCACCUGCAGACAGAGGCAGCUCCCUCUUUGGGCUGCCUGGAGGCCAAGUCGGUGCAGACCUCACCCAUGGAUGACAGCCUUAAGUUCAAAGUGCCUUAUACAGAGUUGGGUGGAGUGAACAGCUUCCUACAUCCCCCUCCCAGACACCCGGAUGGCUUCCACUAUUGUCAGCAGCAGCCUCCUCCUCCGCCUCCCCUUCCAGGACAAGCAGUUCCUCUUCAUCAAGGUCAGACUGUGGUACCACCUCCUCCACCACCACCACCACCACCACUUCCUCCACCGUUACCAGCAGGCUCAAUGCCAGCUCCUCCACCACCACCUCCUUUACCAUCUGGUUUAGCAGUUCCUCCUCUCCCUGGUGGAAUUGCUCAACCCCCACCUCCUCCUCCUCCUUAUUUAAUUCAUAAAAUCUUUCUCUCUCUCUCUCUCUCUCUCUUAGCCAUCCUGAACUUGGACAACACAGUAGUGGACCUGGAAACCCUGCAGGCCCUGUAUGAAAAUAGGGCACAGCAGGAGGAGCUGGACAAGAUUGAAAAGCACAUCAAGUCCACGAAAGACAAAGAGAAUGCUAAACUUCUGGACAAACCUGAGCAGUUUCUCUAUCAGCUCUCUUUGAUCCCUAACUUCUCUAGCCGAGUCUUUUGCAUCCUCUUCCAGUCCAGCUUCUGUGAGUGCAUAUCAUCCAUAACAAGGAAACUGGACACACUGCACCGGGCAUGCAAUGUGUUGCAGGACAGUCAGACAGUGAAGCGGGUUUUGGGUCUGGUUCUGGCCUUUGGUAACUUCAUGAAUGGCAGUAAUCGAACCAGAGGCCAAGCUGAUGGCUUCAGCCUCGACAUCCUGCCAAAACUCAAAGAUGUCAAGAGCAGCGACAGCACAAAAAGUCUUCUGUCUUACAUUGUUGCGUACUACCUCAGACACUUUGAUGAGGAUGCUGGCAGGGACACAUGUGUCUAUCCUCUCCCUGAACCGCAUGACUUGUUCCAGGCUUCACAGAUGAAAUUUGAAGACUUUCAGAAAGAGCUGAUUCGACUCAGGAAGGACCUCAGAGCUUGUAUAUCAGAAGUGGAAAAGGUGUGCAAGGUUUCAGAGGAGGAUGACUUGCAGCCUUUCAAAGACAAGAUGGAGGACUUUCUCACACAAGCUAAAAGUGAACUGGAGAAACUGGAAGCUCAACUCAGCAGCACUCAUAAACUGUUCCUUGAGCUCACAGUGUUCUUCGCAGUAAAGGCCAAGGGAGGAGAGAAAGAGGUUUCACCAAACACUUUCUUCUGUGUCUGGCAUGAGUUCUCCUCAGACUUCAAGGACCAGUGGAAGAAGGAGAACAAAAUAAUCCUCAAGGAGAGGUUAAAAGCAGCAGAAGAGUGUUUCCGUCAGGCCAAGGAGAAGGCUUCCUACAGUGUCAAACCUAAACAUGCCUCUGGCAUCAAAGCAAAGCUUGGCAUGAAGAUCUGACCCGAUGGUCUUGGCAUGCAUGUUUUUCCACUUGUGGGCAACCACGUCUGAUUAGUUUUGCCGGCUCUGUCAACCUGUUGCUGUCCUCUCCAGCUGCCUGAUAACUGAAUCUGACACAAUCAUGGAACACUGCUACUGGGCCACCUGACACCUAAAAUCAUGUGUUGCUGGUAUUAUCACAACUCAAGACACAUUACAUACAUGACACAUCAGCUGGAAUAACAUCAUAUCUUCUCUGCAGCCUAAUAUUUAUGGAGUUAUAAAAAUCACACUAUCUGAGAUUUUUCAGCAUAUUGGUAAAUUCAAAAAAUAAUUCCUGUGUUUGAGGAUCAAUAAAUAUAUUGAAUAUUUAAUUCCCUGACUGUAAUCUCCAAAAAACUUAACAAGCUUGUCUGUACAAUCACACAUUAUCAAUGACUGGGGGAAGCAACACCCAGGCAGUGUCAGUCAUAGAAUAACUGGUGUAUAGAGUAUGCUUAUUGCACAAAGUCAUUGUCACAUGCUGUCUUUCACAUUAAAUGAACAGAAUGCUACCAACAGUGAAAAGUAAUGUAGGAACAGAUUUCAUCACAACCCAUGCCAUCAAAAGUGCCAGCAUUUGAUAAAUUUCAAACAUUUAAGCACUCAGAUCCACUAAGUGUGAACACUUGCUUGCUGUAAGUUGCUCUGAACAUAGUUUGGGAUCCCUGCAAUGGAGAUCACUGCACGAGAUUCAGGUGGAAGUAAGGCCACAAGACAAAAUUCAAUUUAAACAUGACCAGUAUUCAUCUCUUGUAACAAAUUUGAUUUGGGAAGCAAAAAUGUAAAUUCAUAUGUUUCAUUUAAUCACUUUUCUGUUUAGUCGGGACAACUGCAUUGAUAUGUUUGUGACUAAAUUUUGGCACAGGCUGCACCACUAAUGUGAUCAUUUGCAUAAAGCACUUUAUGUUCAACCUCAUAAUUCCCUAAACUGUGAGGUAGCAAUAAUUUCUUGGUGAAAGAAAUAUUCAGAAUGGGUCUAAUUAUUUCCACUAAACAAGUUUUUCCACCAUUUAAAACUCUUUAAAAUUAGUUUGUAAAGCAGUGGUUAUUCACUCAUUAUUUUUAUUUUGUUCUAAAUCUGUUCAUGUAUGAACUUUUGCUGUUUAUGCCAUAAUGUCCUCUCCUAAAAUAUGCUGCCUAACUUUUUUAAGUGUGGUUUUUCAAUAUAAACAGCCAUAACCAUUGAAUCCAUUGUGCAAUUGCAACCAAAUUAGCACAACAGUAGCAUAAAUUAAAAUGGCCAUGACGUGGCUAUCACAAAUCUAACUAACGAUCAGCUUUGAUGAGUAAAUCAAAGUGCUCCCUUUUUUCUUGGAUCUGGACCUGACAGCAUGAAACAUUUCCAGCAAAUAUACCGACUGACAUGGAUUUUCAUACAUUAACGCAACAAUGUUUGUGAUUUUACAUGCUGACUAUCCAAAAUAAUCAAACUCAGUUAACAAUUUUACAACAGUGUUGAUAGGUAGGGGAGGAUGUCACUGUAAAUGUACAUGUAAAAUUUUCAAUGUAUGUUCAGUAAUAUGCCAUAUCAUUCCAGAAAUACUACAGGCAACAUAUGUGUCUAAUCAUGUUGUUCACAUCUAUGUAAUUAAUAACUGCAAGAUGAAGGAUGUGUAUAGUGCACUGAAUUACAGUUAUUGAGUUUUGUUGCAGAAAUAAUGAUCCUAUCAGUGUAAAGUAAUACAUUAUUAAAAAUGACAGUGACAUGUUUUGUGUUUCUUUCAGUGAUGUCCUCUUUUGUCUCAAAUUCUAUCCAUGGUGGCGUAUACAAACAGCACAUAUCUAAAUAUAUCUAAAGAUGACAAUUCAGUCUUUAGUUUGUUUAAUUAAAUAAUCAAACCAGUGUAUUUGGGAUUGUUAGCAUAAUGCAAAUUGACAAUGAUGAGUAAUGGAUUUAUAAACUACUUUAUGUAUCUACUGUUUCAUAUUCACAGUAUUAGAAAGUAAGUAGUUACAUGUAACAAGA